CAUGAUAUAAAAAGAUUAUUUCGCGGUCGUAGCGGAGUUGACCGUCUCGUGUCUUAACCAAAAACAUGUUAUUGGGUUUUACCAUCAAUUUUACUCAAAUUAAAUGUCAAGUGUCGUGUUUACGUGGUCAUAAAAGUAUAACGAACAAUUUUCCUUCUUGAUCUAAUCCAAAAGUAGUUGUUUUUCUAGUUAAAUUAAGAAAAAGUGAGAUUUUUUGUGACCAUGCCAAAAGGAAAACGAAAAGGAAAGUCUGAUCGAAAGUAUGAGGGAUCAGUGCAAACAUCUGAUGAUGAUUCAGUAAUUGACAAUGUGAGCUUGAUAAGUGGUUAUUCAGAUCAUCAUAGUAUUGAUGAUGGAGGUGAAGAGGCAGAUGAAACAAGCCAGCAGGAGGCAUUCGAGGUAAAAAUCACAGAAGCAAUUGAUGGGCUGACCCAGAAAUCAUCACAGGGCCGUACUAACUGCUUCACUGCAGUGGGAAAAGCAUUUAUUUCAAAAUAUCAUCCUGACUUUGUUCAUGAUAGGCGGUUAACUAUAAGUGAUUGCAUAGAAAGGGGUCUACGUAAAGGAAGAGGUGCUGAGCAAGCAGCUGCAGCCCAAUUGGCUCCACUUCUUUGUGUACAAUUGGGGCUCAGAGAAGCCAGCGAAGAAAUUACAAGAAAUUUAAAGCCAGUUCUUUCUACUAUAGCUAAUGAUAAAACAGUGGCAGCUCCAGCUAGAAGCAAAUGUUGCACCGCACUUGGUCUAUUAACAUUUUUGUCUGGGGAUGACAUGGGAGAUGUUUUGCAAUUGAUGCAAGGAUUUCAACACAUCUUUUCAGGCAGUUAUUUAAAGGGAGAUGGCACAAUACCAAAUGUAACUCCUGAAGUUGCCUCUCUUCAUGCUGCAGCCCUUAGUUCUUGGACCCUUCUCCUUACAUUGAUGGCAGCAUGUGAUGUUUACACAAUGAUUGGAAAUACUACAACAUUUCAACCAUCAUUAACUCAACUUUCGGACCUUUUGCUUUCUCCUCAUUUGGAAGUACGUUUGACGGCAGGCGAAGCUCUGGCAACAGUUUUUGAAUUGGGUAGAGAUUGUCAUGACGAUUUCGCCGAAGACUUCGUUGCUGAUUUGGUCGAAACUUUGCGUAAACUGGCCACCGAUUCGCACAAAUACAGGGCCAAAAAAGAUCGUAAGCAACAAAGAGCAACGUUCAGAGACAUAUUGCAUUAUAUUGAAAAUGACGAUAUUUCUGACGUUCAAGUAAAAUUUGGAACAGAAGUGCUAGUUUUGGACACUUGGACACGUAGGAAACAAUACGAUGCUCUUUGUUAUGUUUUGGGACCUGGCUUAAACAUCCAUUUGGCUGAAAACGAACUAUUAAGGGAAAUAUUUGAAUUAGGAGAUCGAAUUAUUGUUGGGGAAGUACCUUUGAAGAAAUCCAACAAAUUAGAAAGGCAUUUGAUGAACGCUGCAGCUUUUAAGGCCAGAACAAUUUCGCGGGCGAAGAAUAGGGACAAACGAUCAGAUUUUUAACAGAGCAUUAAAAACAGGUAUUUUUUAAAUAAUAAUAAUAAUGGGAUUGUUCUAGAAUUUUUUGAUAAUUCAAUUAAACCAUGGAUCAUCUAGUAGAAUUUAUUAGUCAAUUCUUAAUUUUUUAGUGAAUGUAGUAUUCAUUUUUAUUGUUUUCUAUUUAUUGUUGUUGCUUUUUCGUUAAAGAAAAUUCGUUUACAAAUUAUGAUGUUUGUAAACCAUGCUCUUAUUUAAAAAAAGCUUUAAACGAUUUUAUUUUAACUGUAUACAUACACAUUUGUAACUUACUAAUAAUAAUUAUUAAUGGUACUUAAUAAUACCUGAAUGUUGUAAAGAUUAUCCUUCACCAUAACAAUUUUAAAAUAAAAAUGACAAAGCAAGCAA